UGUAUUUUGAAAGGCAAAAUUCCACAAGUUGAAGCGAGAGGUCAUCGAUGAUGUCCGCGAUAUUUUUCCUCAGGGACAGAUAACUCCGCCCACGUUGGGCAUUAAAGGCCUUAGAGUCAACCUUCCACCCAAAAACCCCAACGAUAGGAGUGGCCCAGAUCUCCCGGACUCUUCCACUAAGUCUGCAAUUCCCGAGGUUAUGCGCAUAUUCAGUACAUAUGUGCAAAAUGAACUGCCCACGUACCUCAUUUACGUGCCAGACAAAAGACUUGUCGGCCGCAAUGAAGUGAAGCAAAUGUUCCGCAAAGAGGUCGCCUUGAUCACGGAGGAGGUUAUCCACAAUCGUCUUGUCGAUUUGAGGGAAUCAUGCCCUACAGCUGAGAGGGAGGACGCGAUCAGAGAUAUCGUCAAGGAUACUCUGAAAUUCGCUGUCCUCUCGCACCGUUGGCUAGACACCGGCGAACCCACCUUCUCCGACAUCUUGAAAUCUUUUAGACCGUACGGUUAUGAAAAACUCGUGAAGUUCUGCGAGAAAGCCAACGAGUUCGGGUGCCGACUGGCAUGGUCCGAUACAUGCUGCAUCAACAAGGACAGCAGUACCGAGCUCGAAGAGGCCAUCCGGUCGAUGUUUAAGUGGUAUCGUGAUGCCUAUGUCUGCAUCGCAUACCUCGCUGAUAGCACGUCGGUCGAUGAUCUCCACGACGAUGUAUGGUUCACCCGCGGGUGGACUCUGCAAGAGCUGCUUGCGCCAUGGAGGAUGAAGUUUUACGUCAGAAACUGGGAGCCGCUCACCAGUAACUUCAAUGACAAGGAAAAUUUAGAGGUCAUGGCUGUGCUCUCGCGCGCCACGAGGAUACCUCUCGACGACCUACGCCAUUUCCAGCCAGGCACACGCAACGUCCAUGAGAAGAUGAUGUGGGCCUCUACUCGGACAACUACGCGCAUCGAAGAUGUCGCUUACUCCCUCAUCGGAAUCUUUGACGUGAGCAUGAUGGUAGCAUAUGGAGAGGGGAAACGGGCGUUUUACAGGCUGAUGGAGGCCAUCAUCCUCAAGUGCGAUCAAUGGCAGAUCUUCGCUUGGGCAGGACCAAGUUCUUCCGACAGCCCUGCAUUCCCAGAAUCGCCGAGAGGUUACCGUCCCCUUAAUCCUGUGGAUAGCAACGACGUUCUUCUGCCAUCCACAGUGUGGCGCGGCGAUCGGAACAUCGUCAUGACCAAGCGCGGGUUACAAAUUCAAGUGUUCCUUGUUGACUUGUCACAACAAGAGGUGGCCGUUUACGAGAAGAUUGACACUGAUGACGUCGAAACCGACGCGUACUCCAACUAUUCUGCAGGGGUCGUGGACUACUGGUGCUACGAUACUAGUGGAGAUGGCAUUCUUCAGCCGGAGCAGGAGCAUCUUUGUGUGUUACUUCGCCCAGACCCUCGUAACCCAUAUGCUGGUUGGCGCAAGGUUACGACACCUAACCUUGUGACCAUACGCACAAAGAGCAAGCUGCGGAGGACUCUGACGUCGGUUUGGCUAUAGGGAAAAACCAUGGCCUCACGGGGCGGAUGAUCAACUUCUUUCCUAUGCUUUUGGGGGUGACUCGUGUAUACGACAUGACGGACGCUGGU